AGUUCAGACAGUACCAAUAUGGUUGCUUACAACGUCCCUACUGCUAACGACGUCCUCGUUCCUGAAACUCUCUUGAAGAAGAACAAGGCUGCCGCCAAGGCUGCCGAGUCUGCUGCCUCCAAGAAGGCUGAACUCCGCAAGGCUAAGAUCGCCAAGAGACGUGAAAUCUUCAAGCGUGCUGCCAAGUACCAAGCUGAAUACAAGGCUACUGAACGUAACGAAAUUCGUCUUCGCCGUCAAGCUAAGGCUCAAGGUAACUACUAUGUUCCUGCUCAAGAGAAGCUUGUCUUCGUUGUUCGUGUCCGUGGUAUCAACAACAUUGCCCCCAAGCCCCGUAAGGUUCUUCAACUUCUCCGUCUUUUGCAAAUCAACAAUGGUGUCUUUGUUCGUCUCAACAAGGCUACUUCUGAAAUGCUCCAAUUGAUUCAACCUUACGUUGCCUACGGUUACCCUAACUUGAAGACUAUCCGUGAAUUGAUCUACAAGCGUGGUUAUGCUAAGGUUAACAAGCAACGUAUCCCUAUCCACGAUAACUCUGUCAUCGAAAAGGCCCUCGGUAAGUACAACAUCAUCUGUGUUGAAGAUCUUAUCCACGAAAUCGCUACCGUUGGUCCUCACUUCAAGGAAGCUUCCAACUUCCUCUGGCCCUUCAAGCUCUCCAACCCCAACAACAUGUGGAGAGAACGUAAGUUCCUCAACUACGUUGAAGGUGGUGACACUGGUAACCGUGAACACUUCAUCAACAAGUUGGUUCAAUCCAUGAACUAAGUUUGAGUUUUUUUUUUUCUUAAAUAAAUAUUAUGCGUUAAAAUAAUUUUAAAUAAAUUAUUUUUUUUUAAAAAAAAAUAAACUUUUUUUUUGUUGUAAAUGUAAUGUAUGUGUGUAUAUGUAUAAUAAACUUUGUAAAAUCAGAAACCAGCUUAUGAAUAAGUUUAAGGUCUUGUUAAAAAAAUAAAUAAUAAAUGGUAAAGAUGGCUAAAUAGAUAGAUAUAAUAAAGAAUUAUUUGUUGGUAAAGAAUAAAAGAUUGUACUAUAGGAACACACCAAUUUUUUAGGAAAAAAAAAA